GGGGACGUCAAGUUAGUGUGAAGUUGUGAAAAGUUGCUAAGCUGAAAAAAGAGCAGAGAAACUCCUCCCGUCUUGAAAUUAUGAGCACAGAGCAGCAGGGAGACAUGGCCGCUGCGGAGAAUCCAGGCGGAGGAUUCAGCCAGAAGAGAAGUUCUCAAGACUCGCAGCAACCGUCUCCUCUGGCCUUGUUGGCAGCCACGUGCAGCCGAAUUGACACUCCUGGAGAGAACGAUUCCUCCGGGGACCAACAGCAAAACCAGCAGCAACAGCUGGAAAUAAACCAGGGUGUCCUCACAUCCAGUGCCAACGGCUGGCAGGUUGUCCCUCUCUCAGUGCAGGCGACCGCUGGCUCCAACACUGUCACCACCGAUUCCUCAGGGGUGAUGACAGGAGGAGAUGCCAGCAAGAGCAGACAGGUGCUGUCGCCAUCGGUGGCUGUUACGAGUACUCAGAGUCAGCAGCAGCAGCAAUACGUUUUAGCUCAGGCUCCAUCAGUGCCAGGUCAGCAGAUGCUCACCACCAUAUCAGGUGUAAUGCCCAACAUUCAGUACCAGGUUAUACCACAGUUUCAGACAGUAGACGGGCAGGCCCUGCACUUUGCACAUCCUCAGCAGGACUCUGCUGUAUCUGCUGCAGCCGGACAAGGGCAACAGUUUCAGAUAGUGUCGUCUCCUAACGGCCAGCAGAUCAUAGCUGCGACCAACAGAGCCGGCGCGGCAGGAAACAUCUUGACCAUGCCCAGCGUUCUUUCAGGAGCCAUACCCAUACAAAACAUAAGCUUGGGCAACGGUGUGUUACAAAACCAACCCCAGUUCUUGGCGAAUAUGCCACUGUCUCUAAAUGGAAACAUCACUUUUUUGCCCGUCAGUACCGGUCCCACUGGGGGGGAUGCAAACGGAGCAGGAGACGCAGGGGCUAACCAACUAGUACAGCAACUGCAGCAGCAACAGCCAGUGUCUUCAAACAGCACAGUAGGUUACAUGACAAGUGCAUCCACUGUCACAACCCAGACCCCCACUUCCUACGGAGUUACCCAAACGCAGAAAAGUAACGGAUCAAUGACUGUACAGCAGAGCCCGGUGACGUCUCUCGGUGUCCCCAUUCAGCCCGAUAACAGAGAUGGGCAGCAGCAGACUCAGCAGAUUAUUAUUCAGCCCCAGCAGGUUAUCCAGGGUGGGACUUCUCUUCAGACCAUCCAGGCCGGUGCUGUUACAACGGCAGGCGGGCAGGUGUUUGGUACUCCAACACUCACCCAAGAAGGCCUGCAAAAUCUUCAAAUUAUGCCAAACACAGGGCCCAUUCUCCUCCGCACCGUAGGCCCCAAUGGCCAGAUUAGCUGGCAGACUAUUCAGAUCCAGAGUCCAACGGGGGCACAGAUCACACUCGCGCCCAUGCAGUCUCUACCCCAGCUCGGCCAGACUCAGGGAAACGCUGGUGCCGGCGGCAUCAACACGGUGCAGAUCCCGGGCAUUCAGACCAUAAAUCUGAACACACUUGGAAGCAGCGGGCUGCAGAUGCAUCAGCUGCAAGGUCUACCCAUCGCCAUCACCAGUGCAGCUGGAGAGCAGGCACUCCAUACUGGUGGAGAAACUUUGGAGGACGGUGGAGUUUUGGAUGAGGAGGACAUGAGCCCUCCUCCUCAGGGCCGACGUAACCGCAGGGAAGCCUGCACCUGCCCCUUCUGCAAGGAGGGAGAUGGACGCAAUGACACUACUAAAAAGAAGCAGCACAUCUGUCACAUAAGUGGCUGUGGGAAGAUCUACGGCAAGACGUCCCACCUAAGGGCCCACCUUCGCUGGCACACAGGAGAGCGUCCGUUCGUCUGCGGCUGGGCGUAUUGUGGCAAACGAUUCACCCGUUCAGAUGAGCUUCAGCGCCAUAAGAGGACACACACAGGUGAGAAAAGGUUUGCCUGCCCCGAGUGUCCCAAACGCUUCAUGCGCAGCGAUCAUCUCUCAAAGCACAUCAAGACCCAUUUGAACAAGAAACCAGGCGUCGUCACCAACAGCGGCACCUCAGUCUCGACCGACGCCGGUUCCCCGGCAGCAGGAACGGAAGCCAACACGGGAGCCGUGUCUGCCGGUGACCAGCACACCAUCGUCGCCAUGGAAACCUUAUCUGCAGAAAGCUUAGCUCGUUUAGCAAGCAGCGGUAUCAACAUGAUGCAGGUGGACCUUCACCAGCUCAAUGGCAACAGCUAUUGAAAACGGUGGAGGAAGAUUUGCCGUGGUGGACAUUUGUAUUCGAACAUUCGAGGUUAAAAAGGGCAUGUUACUGCAGAUGGAAAAACCUCUUGAGAAGUCGAGCAGAAAUGGGUCUCAGAUGCAACACGAGAAGACUAAUGAAUUGUAGAAAUGAGACAUUAAUUUGAUAUUCAUCUCUUAUUUAGGUGUUGGCAUUUAAAGCUCAGAGGUUAAAAUGUUAGACUAGGGUAUCUUUUGAAAUCAACGUUUCCUUCAAUAGCAAUGGUAUUACACUAACAUUUAUCCAACAGUUUCCACACCGACCUUAGCUACUCUUUUUGUGGGAGAUGACACUAAGUCAGGCUCUUUGUGCUGGGAUUGUAAGCUUUGCAACUUGUCCCUCUUCACCUCAGGAGUUUCUUGUCCUGUUAGACUGGUUCGUUCUGAAACAUCCCCUAAAGGCUAAACAAACUACUCUGGUCUCAAACAUAAAAAUCAUUCAUACAAUAGAGAUCUUAAGCAAUAAAUUUCCAAUGAUCAGAUUACUGUUUGCGGUGGUGAUAAAUCUGGAUGUGGUCAUGAACUAGUAUUUCCAGUCUUAUAGGAAGAAUAUUGCUGUUAUAGGAAUAUCAUUGCGUGUUGCUUGAAUCCAUAAGGUCAUAACCUGACAGGGCGGCACUAACCUGUGUGGGGAUAGAGAUGUCAGAGCCCUGAAACCCUGAGGAUAACUCUAACCUCUUAUGUGAGUACAUACAUUCAAGCCAUUGUGCUUUAAUAUCUGUAUGAUAGCAAAGCAUUUUUUUUUUUUUUUUAAUUUGUAUAUAUUUUUUGGUAAAGGUUACAGAAAUUUUUAGCACAGAAUCAUCUUACAUGAUUGGAGGUUGCUUUUCAGUUGUCUGCACCCCUAAUGCACAAUCAAUCUUAACCUUGUAACUUUUAUAUAUAUAAAUAUAUAUAUGUAGAUUAAACAUGUAAACUUCAGAGCCUUUCUGUCAUAGAAUGUUAUAUUCAGUUCAGGUCUUCCAGUUAUUUUCUGUGGUACAUUAUCUUAGACUUUGCCUUGGAAUCACGAUCACUUUUUCUGUGGAGAACUUUUUUUUUUUGUUUUUUUUCCCCACUUAUGGCUAGAUUGAGAGGUUCUCCAAUGUUUAGACGGCAUGAACAUACAAGCUCAAAACCAAAGUUUCAUACUCAUUUUAUAAACAAAGAGUUCCUUGGUCCAUAAAUGUUCUAGUAUUUACUUUUAUAAUUUAUAUGAUAAAGUUAUAACUGGAAAAGAAGCAGCUUGAAGCAUACCUUUUUGAUAAACUUUCCUUUGUCCAAAUAAAUGAGUUGCAAAAUGUAUAGUCACAACCCAUGUGCUUUGCGUAACUGUUAUUUUAUAUAUUUUUUAAGUUUCAUAGCUAUGCUUUGAGAAACAAAACUGUGAUCUGUGCAAUGAAUGUUUAAAAGUUAUUUGAAAAUUAAGUUCAUUGGACAACAAGUGCUCUUACAACCCCACCCCCCCAUUUUACAUAAGGGAUUCUAUAUUGUCUAUACAACUAUUGCAAAUGCCAACAGCUGGAUUAAAAUCAUCUUUCUCAUUA